GCCUUAUCAAACUGGAUAUGAGAUAUAAGUUCAGCCAUGGGGACAGAGACGGGGUCCUGAACCGACGUAAGACGUAAGAUACCAGGAUGAGGGUGCUCCUGAGUUUGUGUGCUGUGCUGGUGCUGCUUUGGUCCACUGUCCAGUGUCGCCCUAGGCAUGAUCACAAUCACCAUGGCAAUGAUCACAGUCACCAUGACAAUGAUCACAGUCACCAUGGCAAUAACGACGUCAGCAUUUCUGCCAAUGGAAGCCUGAAGAUAUACCAGGAGAACCUGGACUUUGCUUUCCGUCUGUACAAGCACAUCUCCGCCCAGCCCGAUUCUCAGUCCAAGAAUGUCUUCUUCUCCCCGCUGAGCGUGUCCGUGGCCCUGGCUGCUCUGUCCGUGGGGGCCAGAGGGAAGACGCACCAGCAGCUCUUUGAAGGUCUGGGCUUCAACAGCACAGAAAUCACCACAGAGGAAGUGAGCCAGGCCUUCCAACACAUCCAUCACAACCUCAACGAGAAAACAGACGUAGACCUGUCACUCGGGAACGCACUCUUCAUUGGACAAGACUUCAAGCCACGUCCUGAGUUCCUGGAGAGCAUGAAACGCUAUUACGAGUCAGAGGGUUUCAGCACCGACUUCAGCAAGCCUGAAGAGGCCAAGGAACAGAUCAAUAAGUAUGUUAAUGAAAAGACCAAGGGUAAAAUAUCAGAGCUGGUUCAGGAUGUGGAUCCGCUGACAGUCAUGUAUCUCAUCAACUACAUAUACUUCAAAGGUAAAUGGGAGAUUCCAUUUGAUCCCAAAGCAACCAAGGAACACGACUUUCAUGUUGAUGAUAAAACAACUGUUUCUGUUCCGAUGAUGUAUGAAGAGGACUAUUUUCAUGUUUAUCAUGAUGAAGACAUCUCCACUCACGUUCUCCAGCUGCAUUAUAAUGAGUCUGUCUCAAUGAUGCUGGUCCUUCCAGAGAAAGGAUUGCAGGGUCUGGAGGAAGUGGUCUGCAAAAACCAUUUGCAGAAAUGGAUCAGAUCAGUGGGGAAGAAGAAGUACCAAGUGUAUGUUCCAAAACUGUCCCUUAAGACCUCAUAUCAACUCAAAGAAAUCCUUUCUGAAAUGGGAAUCACUGACAUAUUUGGGGAUACUGCAGACCUCACUGGAAUAUCAGAGGGAGGGAAAUUGGCUGUAUCUAAGGUUAUGCAGAAGGCUACCUUGGACGUGGACGAGGCUGGAGCAACAGCAGCCGCAGCCACAGGAAUCGAAAUAAUGGUGACUUCAGCGCGAUUCCCCGCACCCACCCCCGUCUUGAAAUUUGACCGUCCUUUCAUGGUUUUUGUGCUCAAUCGUGAAACCAGAAGUAUCAUGUUCAUGGGAAAAAUUGUGAACCCAGCAAAAUAAUAAAAUUACUGUAUAUGUAUGUGUAUACGGUCUGCACAUAUUCAUUUCAAUGCACAGAAAAAUCCAGAAAACACCAUAAUUUUUCAGGAUUUCUAACAAUACAAACAUAUCAUUUCUGUACCACUUUUCCAUUAUCCUGAAGGGUUAAUGUGUUGUUGUCCUUAUCAUUAUUCUCAUAUUUCUUUUCACAUAAUUAUGUGUUCUGUCGUCAUCAGCAUUGCUUCUAUGUUCUAUGUGAGGGACUGAGUGAGUGAGUUCCAACCUUGAGGAAGAAAGAUUGCAAAAAAGGGAGGAAGAGAACAAGUUUGACAUUUACUCUUAUAAAAUUAGGUUGUUAUCCUUAAAACUGGCACACACACAUUUGCACUGUCCCUCCUUGAGGGUAUAAAGGAUUGCUGUAAAUACAGAUUUUUAGUAUGGUGUUGAAUCAGGUGUACUC